AUGACCGUGCCCAGUCCGGAGGUGAUGCAGGCACAGAUACAGGAGCAGAUGCUGCAGGCGCAGGCUCUCGCGGCGCAGGCGCAGCAGGCGGAGCAGGCGCUCGCUGCGCAGCAGGCGCUGCAGGCGCAGCAGGCGCUCGCUGCGCAGCAGGCGCUGCAGGCGCAGCAGGCGCAGCAGGCGCUUCAGGCGCAGCAGGCGCAGCAGGCCCCGAGCCCCGAUGAGGGCGCCGAGCAGCUCGAGGACGUGGUGGGGCGGACGGAGCAGCUCGAGGGGCAGCAGCGGGGCGCCGCGGAGGAGCUCGCGCGGCUGGGGCAGGAAGUGGAGAGCCUCAAGAGCAUGGUGCAGAAGUUGGAGGAAGAAGACUCGCGACAGGACGGGCUGAUAAAGGAGCAGGGGGCCGAGCUCUUGCGCCUGGACAGCGCCAAGGUGGACGUCGCGCUCCACCAGAAGGAGGUUGAAGCAAGGGAGCAGCGGCUUGCGGAAUUUGCAGAGGGCCUGAAGGCCUGCAAGGCCGACACCGCCGCACUCGCCAGCCAGGAGAGGGAAGACCCGACCGAGAGGAUCGGCGACCUCGAGAAGGCCUGCGAGGAGCUGCGGUCGAAGAUCCAGCAGGUCUCCGAGGAGCUCGAGGCGGGGAUGCAGCGUGCCGCCGACAACGUGGACAAGGUGAAGACCUCCACGGGCGAGCAGAUCUCGAAGAACGCCGCGCGCUCGGAGGAGCUGGGCAAGGAGCAGGAGCGCCUCGCUGGCUCCCUGCAGAGCGCGCUCGGGACGAUCCAGGCGACCAAGGCCGAGGCCGCGUCCUCGACCAAGGAGGUGCUCGACCAAGCGGCCGCCAUCCAGAGGGGCUUCGAGCAGCUGGAGAAGCGGACGGAGGCGACCUUCCUGCAGCUGAACGACCGCAUCGAGGAGAUGGGCCGCGUGGAGCGUGCUCGGCUGGCGACCCUGGAGAAGGAGGGCGCCGACGGCGUCGCGCGGGCGCGCUCGGAGUGCCGCGCGGAGACCGAGCGCCUGCGCAUGGACUACGAGAGGGACUCCUCCCGCCUCGAGCUCGACCUCGGCGACCUGCACGCGAAGUAUGACGUCUCUAAGCAAGAGCUCAACUUCUUCCAGACUCGUAUGGCGGAGCAGCGCGACUGGGCGGAGGCGCAGAUCGCAGAGCUGAGGACAGCUGCCAAGGCGGCCCAGGUGGACGCCCGCGAGACCACGACAGUCACCACGAAGAUGCUUCAUGCGUUGCGAGACGACGCGAUUGCCUUCAGGGAGAAGAUGGCUGGGUACAUCUCGACGCUGCAGCGGUCCACGGACAGCCAGGGAGACGCCAUCAGCACCCUGGAGACGCAGCGCAGCCGCCUACGCAAGGAGCUGGACGGCCUGUUCACGGACCACCAGGCCUACGUGGAGGACAUGGACAGCUGGGCCAACGACGUGCGGCUGAAGGUGGAGCGCCUCUUCCGCGCGCUGGAGCCCUCGCGCGUGGAAUGGCACAUCGCGAGGGCCGAGCGGAAGGCCCGGGAGCUGAGGCGGCCGCUCGGCCUCAAGUCGCAGGGCUUCUCCCUGAAGGGGCUGCGCCAGGUGGCCGUGGAGUUCUACCCGGAGGGCCACCACACCUCUCCGGAGGGCCUCGCCGCGGUGCGCGUCUUCAUGCCCCAAGACGCGCACGUGCGGUAUCAGGUCUGGAUCGGACGCUCCUCCGAAGGGGUGCGCGAGCACACGCCCGGCGACAGCUGCUCGAUAGACCUGUUGGUGGAGAAUUGGAAGGAGAAGGUGGCCGGCGACGGCUCCCUCUCCGUGGUCCUGGAGGUGCUCCGAGACUUCCGAGACCAGGACCAGUCGCUCGCGAGAGACAUCCGCAUCGAGAGCGCCUGGCCGGGGCCGCCUCCUGCCCAGCGCCCGGCCUUCGAGCGCCGGCUGGUGUCGCACGCGGCCGCGGAGGUGGCGCUGGACUUUGGCGCGGGCGUGCGCGUCGUGGUCCGCCAGGACCCCGGCGGCCGGCGCGUGGCCGACGCCUCCGCGCCCGCGAGCUGCCCCACGGAGCGCAGCACGCGCACGGGCGUGGUCGUCUGGGACGCCGCCGUGGGGCUGGCCGCCCUGCUGGCCGAGGCGGCGCCGCGGCAGCCGCCCGGCCCCGCGCCCGGGGCGGGCCCGGCGGGGCCGGGCCGGCCGCGCCUGGGGCCCUGGCGCGCCCUGCUGGAGCUGGGCGCCGGCGGGCACGGGCUGUGCGGCGUCGCGGCGCUGCUGGCGGGCGCCUGCCAGGUCGCCGUGCUGACCGACCGGCAGCCGUUGUUGGCGCAGCUCGAGGAGAACGUCGCGCGGAACCUCGCGGAGCGGGCGCCGGCCGGCGGCGGCGCGGCGGAGCCGCGAUGGGCCGUGCGCCCGCUGCUGUGGGGCGAGCCGGGCGGCCUGGAGGCCGCCGUGGCCGCGAUUCCCCGCGGCGUUUCGUCGGGCCCGCGGGCGCGGCGUUCGACGUGCUGGUGGCCGCGGACUGCGUCUACGACACGGGCAGCGCCGAGGCCCUGGCGGGCACGCUGGGGGAGGCGCUGCGGCGUGGCGUGGGCGCCGAGGCGCUCGCCGCGUUCGACCGCGCCCUGGGCCGCGACGCGGCCUACGAGCGCUUCCUGCGGCGGUGCGCGGAGGCGGGCCUGGCCGCGGAGGAGCUGCCGCAGGCGCCGGGGCCGCACCAGGAAGGAGAGCGUCUCCAUCUACCGGCUGCGGCGGCGCCCCUCGGAGCCCGCCGCGCCGGACGCCGCGCGGCCUUGAGGGCGCGGCGAGGCGGCGGUGCCCCUCUGGCGGGAUCCGAGGCUGCUUGCGUCGGGAGCCUUGUCAGGACUCCAGAAACGGGGGUCCAUUCCACCGGGGGUCAGCCAGAGCGCCAGAUCUUGCAGGGCCAGUGGUGCGAGGGCUCCAGCGCGGAUCCGAGAAAUCCGCGCGAACUCCCGAGCCCUUCUGUUUUCAUGACAUUCUUCGUUCCCCGAUGCACUGACCCGGGCUGGCGCGCAGGGCCCCGCAGGCAGGCCAUCCCGCAGGAUCUUUUUUGCAAAGCCUGGCUGGCCCGGGUUUGCACUGGUGGCCUGGGUCCGUCGAUCUUUGAUGGCCUCCUCGGACCACCGCGCCCUCGCGGGAG